UCGAGACUUAUUGUUUAACAGGUAGUUGAAAUGUCAAUUAUUACUCUUUCUACUACAGUCGAAGUAAAACAUCAUACAUUUUUCUGCAUUCUGUAGAAUUUUUUGUUGUAGGUUAUUGCAGGAUAUUACUUAGAAGGAAUCAAAAUGGUUGGUGGUUGACCUAAAAGUGUAAGGUGUGAUUUAGGUACCGAAAAUAUAAUAAUUGAGAAGAUGCCAAAAUCAUAUCAUGAAUUGUUUAUCCAAACUCCUUCUUCUAAACCAUGUUUUUUAUAUGGAUAAAGUGUGCAUAAUCAAAGAAUAGAAGCAUGGUGGUCUAUUUUGCGAAAACAUAAUACACAAUUUUGGAUGAAUUUUUUUCAAACGCUGAAAGAUGAAGAUUAUUUUUGUGGUGAUUUUUUGGAUAAGUGUCUCGUCCAAUGUUGUUUUAUGAGUAUGAUUCAGGAGGACCUCAACGAAGUUGUUACGGAGUGGAAUGUACAUAAAACAAGUAAAUCUAGAAAUAGUAUAGCACCUACUGAAAGACCUGCAAUAAUGUUCGACAUACCGUCUCUAUAUGGAGCAAAGAACUAUUGUGUUGAAAUUCCAAAUUUUUCUGUUGAUGCCCUUUCCGAUCACUGCACAUUCAACGAAUAUCCAUGUGACAAAGACAUAUUAUUUGUGCAGAAUUUUAAUUUCAGAAAACAGAUACCCACCAGUGAAAGAUCAUAAUUUAG